CUUAUCUCGCUCUCCUUUUUCCCUCGAAGGCCCCAACCAUGUCAAUUGUAGCGAUCUCUCUCUUCAAGCCCCUAUCAAUGGCAGAGGGCUGCCUUACUUCUUUCCCGACCCUCUUCACCCCUAAAACGUCAUACCCAUUUCUCUCUCUUCCUUCGAAACCCACGAAACUCCACCUUUCUUCUUCGCCUUUUUCACAUCCUUCCUGGUUUUCUCUCACAAACAAGUUCUCUCCAGCGACUCUAGUCCCUCUUGUGGCCCAGACAACCUCCGGCUUAACUGAACAAGAGGCAGGCAAAACUGAUGAACAAACAAAGAAAUAUUUUUUUGUUGUUGCAAAUGCAAAAUUCAUGCUUGAUGAAGAAGAGCAUUUCAAGGAGCUGUUGUUUGAGAGGCUUCGCUACUAUGGUGAACGCAACAAGGAGCAAGACUUUUGGCUUGUGAUUGAACCAAAAUUCUUAGAUAAAUUUCCAAAUAUCAGCAAGAGACUGAAGAGACCAGCUGUUGCUCUGGUUUCAACCAAUGGCCCAUGGAUCACGUUUAUGAAGUUGAGACUGGACAGAGUAUUAACAGAAAGUUAUGAAGCUGAUAGUCUAGAAGAAGCUUUAGCCUCAACCCCUGCUAAUUUGGAGUUUGAGAAGCCUGAAAAUUGGGUAGCACCAUAUCCAAAGUAUGAGUUUGGAUGGUGGGAGCCAUUCUUGCCACCAGGAUCUAACAAAACAAAAGUAUGAAUUAGUACCCUUUUUUGUACACUUAGGUUUUCUGGAUGUAGUUAUAUUGAUUGUCCAAGUUGAGUGUAUGCUAAUAUACAACUUUGUUUCUUUUUGGUACCUGAAAUAAGAGACAUUGCUUUGUUCAUCA